CAGGGCCCCGUCGCCUUUGGGCUCAUACCUGCGAACCUCAAAGAUUCGACAGGAGACACGAUGGGAGGUUUCGGAAGUGCCAUUGCUUUAAAACGCGGUACAUGGAAAGUUAAGAACGGCACUUUCACCGGGACUUUGGUCGUUCAUCCUGAUCGAGGCUACAAUGUAGACACUACCGUCAACUAUCAAUCGCGUCAGCACGAGGUUGACUUUACCCUGAAACCCUACGCGGGUGCAACCAAUUUGGAUUUCACAACAGCCCAGCAGACGCUCACAUUGUCGUACCGAAAGACAACUCUCCAAUUCGACAGGUUUGGCAAGACCACGAGCGGUCUGGACCCCACGGCUGUAAGACCAGCGGUACCUGGCCAUGAAUUUGUUGCGUUCUUGGAUCCAGAGAUGCCCAUUGUUUCACGACGAGAUGAUCGUCUGGUAAUCGACGCGGAAGGUUUAGUGGCAAACGCGGAUGGCUCGUAUUGGGUUAGUGACGAGUACGGGCCCUACAUCUACCACUUCACCUCAAACGGACAAUUGAUCCAAGCCAUCCAACCUCCACGCGCUAUUCUCCCUCUAGACGCGUCCGGACAUCUGAACUUUUCCUCCGUCACUGGUCCCACCACUGGAAGAACUGGGAAUCAAGGUUUCGAAGGCUUGACCUACGACGACAACACCAAAACCCUCUACGCGAUGCUCCAGUCCGCCACUAUUCAAGACGGCGGUAGCGCGAAGACGACGAACCGCUACACCCGCCUGCUUGCCUUCAACGUCGCCAACCCCAUCAUCACGCCCAAACUCGUCGGAGAAUGGGUCGUCCCUUUGCCUCAAAGCUCAAAGGGCAAAACGCAAGCGUGCAGUGAGAUUCACUUUAUCAGUCCCGGAAUUUUUUUGGCUUUGUCCAGGGAUGGGAAUGGUCGGGGUGGAGAUGACGCUAAAUCAGGCUACAAGCAAGCCGAUUUAUUCUCCAUCUCCAAGGCUACGGACAUCCACAACACCAAGUUCGACGAUCCGGCUAACCCCAUCUCCCCAGGGGGUGUCUUGGAUCCCAGCAUCACGCCAGCGGAAUAUGUGUCUUUCGUCAAUUAUCUCGACAAAACCCAGCUGGCGCGGUUUGGGUUACACAAUGAUGUUCCCAACGACAAUACCUUGAUUGCUGCUAAGUGGGAAUCAUUCGCUCUCGCGCCCGUAAACGAUCCAGCUUUCCCUAACGAUUAUUUCCUGUUCACUGUGUGCGACAACGACUUCAUCACCACCAACGGAGUUUCAAUCGGUGUUCCUUAUAAUGCAGGAUUAGACGUGGACAAUCAGUUCUUGGUGUACAGGCUGACCUUGCCCAGCGUCCCCCGGAACAGUGUUGAGCGCUCGAUUGGGAUCUGA